AUGGGCACACACAGUCUGCAAGACCAUCGUCCAGAAAUGAUCAACGCGAUUCUAGUGCUCUGUCUGCUGGGCAGUUGGCCCUCGGCGAUGGUUGCCCAAAAUGUGGACAAGGAGGUGGUGGUGGCCAAGGAUCCCGCCACCCGUUUGGCCGGCAUUUACGUCAAGGAUGGCAACGAGAAUGGCCAGCUGCGGUUCCUGGCCUCCGGCCUGACCAGUGGCAGCACCAGCAGCACCUCCAACACGGGUCUCAAUUCGGCCCUCAACCAGUACAUAACCAAUAAGCAGGACAUGCUGGAGCAACUGCGUCCCACGACGGCCAUUGGAACGGGGACAUCGUUGACAAGUGGAACUGGAACGGUCACGGGCUCAACGACGGGAACAACUGGUUCGGGUCUGGUUACAACCACCGCCAAUGGGGCCAUCUAUGUGAAUCUGGGCAACUCGGGCACCUCAUCGUCGUCAUCCUCGUCCUCAUCUUCAUCCGCCACGAACGCGGCCAUCAACCAGGUGAUCUAUGGCUCAUCACCGAUCGCCAGUGUUUUGCCGCAGAUCGUUGGCCAGGCGGUUAACAGUCGAGUGCGUCCCGGUCAGAAUAAUAACAACAAUAUCAAUAGGAGGCGUGUGCCCGCCCGUAGGCGUCGGGUCAACAAGAGGCGUGGCAGCAUCAACAACAAUCAGCGACGUCGGCGGCGUGGCAACAAUCGGGGCAAGAAUAAGGCCCAAGUGAUGGUUGUUCGCCCAAAUCGCGGUUAAACAUAACAGAAAAAAAAAAAAAACAAAAACAUUCCCUAGUUAAGCAACCAUAACACUC